AGAAAACGGGCACCCAUCCCUGAUUUUUGUAUGUGCCAUGUAUGUCAAUUUUCUGUUUUUGUUUUCAUUUACAUCUUUAUCGCGUUGUUUCUUUUUGUUUUUGUACGUGUCGCACGUGAAAGUCCUUUUGAUUCCGGCAACCUUUCCCCUCAAUUAGGGUUUUAAGAGUAUCGCUUCAAAGUCAAAAAAAGGUUUAAGUAUUUCAGGGGAAUAUGGUUUUAAAAAUGACGCAGAACUGGAAGCGCUAUAUUUUAUGGUUUGCACAGGAGCAUGUCGAUUUCCGCCAAGCGGAAUUUAAUUCACUAGUCAAAUUAUUCAACAUAGAAUAUCACCAAGUUUCUGCAGAUUCCUUGAAUCCGUUUUGGAUUGUUGACCUCCCCAAUGAUAGCUCUGCUUUGCAGAUUGCCUCCAGGUCUAUUGGUUUAAGAGCAAUAUUUGAGCUAUGGUCUCAUGGAAAUGAUUACAAUUCAUUCCAUAAACAACUAAGGAGUUAUGUGCAGGAAAAUAACAAUGCGAUAAAAUGUUAUUUUAAGGAAGAUUGCAGUUUCAAAAUCACUGUAGAGACAUACAACAAACACUUCUCACAAAAGGAGAAAAUACAGAAAAUUGAAACAAUGGACUAUUUGCCUUUGGAGGGUAGUGUUGAUCUUAAAACACCUCAAGUUGAAUGGUGGUAUAUUGAAUUUUGGGGUUUAGAUCCCACACAAGUUCCUGAAGAGCCAGAAGAUAUACUAUUCGGCAGAUGGCUGUGCAAUGGCCAAAGACAUUUGGUGAAAGAAAUGUCUUUGAAAAAACGCAAAUUUAUUGGCAACACAUCCAUGGAUGCACAAUUAAGUUUAAUUAUGGCAAACCAAGCUUUAGUUAAACCCGGCGAUCUGGUAUUCGAUCCAUUUGUUGGUACAGGUUCUCUUUUAGUUAGUGCCGCAAAAUUUGGCGGUUACGUUCUAGGAGCUGAUAUCGAUUUUAUGAUGCUCCAUGCACGUGCUCGACCGAGUCGUAUAACGCAAAAAGUUCGUGAAAAGGAUGAAAGUAUAAGAGCUAAUUUAAAACAGUAUAAUUGUCAUGAUCGUUACAUGGACGUGGUGGUGGCCGAUUUUUCAAAUCCUCUAUGGACAGACACACUUAAAUUCGACAGCAUCAUAACUGAUCCUCCAUAUGGCAUUCGUGAAUCUACAGAAAAAGUAGAAACAAAAACAAAUGUUAAACAGACAACCAAAAAUUCAGACGUGCCUCAUUAUCCAUCUACAUCUCACUAUGCUCUACAGCAUCUGUACAAAGAUUUGCUGGUAUUUGCAGCUAAACAUUUAACACUUGGUGGACGAUUGGUUUGCUGGUUACCAUUUCAUAAAGAUGAUUAUUCCGACAAAAUGAUACCACGACAUUCAAAUUUACAUUUAGUAGCAAAUUCUGAGCAACCAUUGAGUGGUCAUACUGCAAGACGUUUGCUAACUUAUGAAAAACAUUCAGAACCGCCGGGCACUGACGAUGAUUUGGAAGUGAUAGUAGACAAAUCGUUAACGUUGGAUUUCCGGGAGCGUUACUUCGAUAACGCUCUGGAAAGCAGAACUGAACGGCGUUUGCGUAAAGCAGAACAAAGAGAAAUUGGUCGUUUGGAGGCACUAAAGCGUGGUAAAAUUGCUGUCGAUGGACGCGAAAAGAAGUGCAAUUUAAACAAAGCCAGGUUUAGUAGCACAAAUGCUGACGAAUAAUAAAGGAUGUAAACAUUUAUAACAUGAUACUUUAUUAAAA